CAACAAAUAGGUACAGCAAGAAAAGUGCAAAAUACUUACACAAAAUCGUCCUCUCGUCUUCGUUCCUGCUCUGUCUUCCCGAUUGCGCGUGGUUCACUGUGAAUUUACUCUAAGAAUUUGAAUCUCCUUACAGCCACAGUUCCCACAAUACGACCAACUUUCAUUCCCCCGAAGAUAAUUUGAGACAGCCUUUAAAAUCAAGUACAAGUAGUUCCCAAAAAAUACAUUUUGUAGAAUUAGAACCAGCAGAACACGGCCCAGAACAACCUUUUAGACUGAUCCACUCCGACGUUUUCUCCCUGACACGACCACGAGAAACCACGAUCACCUGAACCGCGAAGUAAAAUAAAAAUCCGCAGUUCUUGCUUGUCCUUUCCAGACUCUGGCGCGCUGCGGCAACGAACGGUAGAAGACUUGCUCUUCUACUUUUGGUCUAUUUAUGGGCGACGAACAGUCGAAAGAGGCCCAGGCUGAAAACGGAGGAGAGUCUGCUCAGCAUCAAAACGCAAGUCAAAGUUCCCCGGAUCCCGAGCCUCUCUCGAUUUCCGACGGCGGUCCCUCAUCCGGGUCGGCGAAAGCGAGUACGGUCAGCAAUAAAUCGCGGAGCAGUGGUGGAACUACAUCCUCUGCUUCGCAAGUUGUAGACGACCCAGCAGGUGAACAACAGCAACAACCCGUGGCGGCACCAUCUCCUUCUCCAGCUCCUGCUGCUGCACCAGACGAGCCUCCGGUGCCGGUCACUACUGAAGAACGACGAGAAUCCCCUCCGAAUCAAGUUAUCAACAUGGAGCCGAUGAGCGUGAUGCCCGGCCAGGCCACUGAUGAGUACGAAGAAGUGCCGCCGCCCAAAACCAGCAGCUUCCGGUCGGACACCGAUGAAGGUAAAAACAGUGCGGUGCUCAGCUCGUUUAUUCAGGAAAAAAAGUGUGUAAGUGUAAAUUUCUUUGAGGAACAGCAUCACAAAUUUGCUCUACAUGACAGAGAAACCCUGUCAUGCAUGGUUUGUAAGGGAAAACACACAUGAAAAUAGGACUUCAUGGCUGUCUGGCAUGACAGGUGUAACUAUGUUGCAUCUUCUGCAACGCAAAUUUACACUUACACAUUUUUUUACUUGCAUAUCGUUCGCCCCACCGCGCGCGGAUCCGGAUGACGAAGAAGAUUCCAGUAUCCUAAGCAAAAACGUCCCCACCCCAGAGUUGUCAUGGGAAUGUGCAAUGACAGGAACAUUUGCAAUGCGCAUCUCCAUGAGAGGCAUUUCCAGUCGUUUUUUGGAAUUUGUAAUGCUGGGAACAGGAUGAGAGACUGGCUUUCCCAUGCGGCUGCCCUUGCUAACCAGCACUACACUGCAGAUGGAAACUUGUCAUGCACAACUCCCAAAACUUGGAGAUUUGUGUUGCAGAUUUACCAACUUGAUUGUCGGGUGGGGAUGUUUUUGCUCAGGAUACCCAGUCCGGGAAGUCAACGCUCGUCCGUGCGGGCCACGCAAAACCGGACCUCGACGAGCAACCGCGCGUCGGUCCAAAACCGGACCUCGACGAGCAACCGCGCGUCGGUCACGGUCCCGGCGUUCGGAGGCGGCGGUGGCGAGGAGAACAAACCCACGACACAGAAAUUCGGCGGCGGCUUCAACUUACAGUCGAGCGCGCCGUCCGCAAGAAAUUCCGCGGCGGGAGGUACUUACAACCAGAAUUGAUCUGAAAGUAGUAAUGUUCAUCCUUGUUGUAGUUGUAUUCGGAAUGUAUGAUAGCUGGCAAAAGAAUUUUUGCGUACGUCUGUAAGAAUGGCGAUGGCGACUACAGUUUUUAUGAAUAGCACCCUUCAGUAGUGGCGUUCGCGUUGAAAAAAGAACACCUUGUUUCUUCAUACAUUUUCUUCGCACCUUAGGGUCAUUCCCCCUCUUGGGACCACUGAAAAUGCGAUCUAUUAGAUAGAAAGAAAACAGCAAAACGAACAAAGCGCCGAUGAAAUGAAAAUACAGCCGUGGGCAAGGCGGCCGACCCGGUGGACCUGAGCAGGUUGCAGCAGCGUGGGCUGAUGUUGAUGGACCCGGCGCUGAAGGCGCAGCUGAUGGCGAAGGCGGCGGACCCGCGGAGCCUCCAGGUGGGCACGCCCUACUCGAAGUCCGGCGGCGUGGCGGAAGACCACAUGGUCAGCGAGAUGAAAGCGCGCCAGGAGAAAAUGCAACGACUGCCCUCCGUCGACGGAUCCUCCCAAUUUUCCAAGCUCGUGUCCGAGCGCGGGUCCCUGCUGAUGGAGAAGCCGGGCCUGGACACGAAAACCGGCAAACGGCUGUCCGCCGCCGAAGCCACGAGCAAGCCGGGCAAGCUGAGCGGCGAGCUCUUGUCGGUGUUUGCCUCGCGGCUGGAGAGCGGCAAAUCCCAAUCCUUCCGCGCCGGUGCGGGUGCGGCGGGUGCGCCGCCGGCGAAAGCGGCGCCCGAGUUCGUGCAAAAGGCACAGCAGAUGGCGCAAAGAGCAGGACAGCAAGACGCCGCAGCAGCAGCACAGGAGGCGCAGCAAGGGCAAAUGACGAGCCCACAACAAGCGCUGAAUAGAGGGAGUGGAGGACCACCCGGAGCUGUGUUGAACAGAGGCAGUGGUGGGCAGCAGCAGGACAUGCAGAAUACCAACAACCGCGGCACGGCGGCCGGCGUUUUCGGCAAGAAAAAAGACGUGCUGGAUCUGCUCGGCACGCAACAGGGCGUGCAGCAGUUGCAGAAGCAGGCCUCUGCCAACCGCUUGGCUUCGCAGGGAUCUGCGGACGGCGGCCGAGCCCCAAGCGGGCAACAGCAACAACCCGUUUUCACCGGGUUCGGCUUUGGAGGCGGCGCGACGGCCGCGGCGGCUCGUACAAGCGUCGUCGACAACUACGACAACGCCAAACCGAGCGUAGGCUCCACCGCGGACCGUCCGGACAGCAACUACGGUCAGCAGCAGGCGCAACCUUUGGCCUUCAUGGGGGCACAGAUGGGAGGAACUACAAACAUGAACAGCAAUAUGAAGUCGGGCGUUCAACAGAUCGCCGGCUCCUCUUACGGCGAAGAACCAGCGUACCAGCCCCCGCAGUACGGGGAGCAGGAGUUCGACCCCAUCACGGGCGAGCGCUUGGUGCGGAAAGAGAAGCAAGGGAACCAGAUCUACGUGGACGACUUGGAACGCGGCGACGCGUCCAACCACUUCCGGCCGAACUACGACAACAUGCAGGAUCUGUACAACUGGUACCAGCGGAACCUUUCCGCCGAGGCGCAGCCGAAGCGGUUCCAAGACGGGCGGUACGUGACGGAGCAGGCGUUGGCGUUCGAAAAGGCGCUGCCCAACCCGGAGAUGGUGGAGAGUCACUUCCGCGACGUGAACUCUGACGAGUACAAGAAGUACGUGGCCCACAUGCCGCAGAAGAAGAUGCACACGCAGCUGGGCGUGAUGGCCCCGGGGGACGACCUGCGCAAGUUGCUCACCGACAUUGUGGAGUACGAGACGGGGUUGAACCCGAAACACCCGGAGAUCAGCACGGACAAGGAGUUCACGGACAAGGACGUGUGGGAGCACGAGAUCCAGCAGUUGAAGGAGGACGUGACCAACAUUUUCGCGGUGUCCCUGAACCUGCGCCACUCCAACGCGUCCGAACUCGGCCGCACCUACAUCACGGACGAGCAGCGCAAGGAGCUGCGCGAGCGGUUCGAGGCCCUGAUCCACUCCUUCGGCGAGUGGUACGACUACCAGGCGGGCGAGGUGGAGGGCGCGCGGCUGAAGAGCGGCCCCCGGUCCAGCGGGGACAGCGGGCGGGGCGUCGUGUCCGCCGGCGUGGGCAUGGGGCACGACAGCUACUUGGAGCAGCGGCCUGCCUCGGUGGCGCCGAGCUCCAAAGGGAAGGACCCGGACGCGUUGAACUCGGCGAUCUUCAACAGCGUGGCGGAGCUGGACGAGUACCAGUUCGAGUAUCAAAUGCAAAAAUGUCUGGGUCUGGAAGGAUCCGACCUUGUGAUGCGAGUUGCGGAUCGUACGUAGAUCUGUGUUGCAUGACUGGCAAAUAAAGGUGCUCCCUUCUGGCCAUGCUGACAGGGUAUUUCUCAUGCAGAACAGGCAUCACGAAGGGGCUGCAGAACCUGUGAUGCUAGGCCCCGCAUUCCAGACUUCCGGGAGCUUGGAAAAACUGCAUGACAAAUCCCGGAAUCUUCCAGACCCAGAGGACAUUUUUGCAAUGCAUAUCGAGGGCAUGGGCCAGAUCUUCUCCGCCUUCGACAAGGCCUUCAUGUCCGACAACGACAUGAUGCCCAGCUCCAUGCAGCUGCCGACGGAGAUCGAGGUGACGGCGCGCGACCAGCCGGUCAGCGUCACGCACGUGGUCACCAACGACGGUUUAUUGAGAGGAAAAAUCCCCCCUCCCCUUAUCGCGAACGUAUGUUGCCGAUAAUGUGUGCUGCUGAUUUGAGGUCACAAAUCAGAUUUGUCUUGCAAGAAGACAAGGGCAGAAGCUUCCGCCCCAUUAUGGCAGCGAUUUGCCAUGCUGUUCGGCCUAAAGGUCAGCCGUUUGCAAUGCUGAACAACUAGACCCAUUUUUAUACACCCCUACCUAGCCUGGGGAUCUGGCCGCAGUGCCUUCAUGCAAUACAAAGCAGAUUUGUGUACACAAAUCCAGCAUCAGAAGUUCCGUUUUGAUAUGGGGAGGGGGGAUUUUUCCUUUUGAUACGGUUUGCUGGCCUACUACCACAACCUGUCCAAGGAGGACCGGGAACACUACCCGCUCCGCAACGCCCUCAAGCACAUUCUGCUCACCGAGUCCUGGGGCGACUACGACGAGAUGCCCAUCCGCCCGAUCCUGCUGCGGGAGCUUUUACCGUCCCCGCAGAAGGACGGCAAGCUGUACCGGAUGUAUGCCCGCGAAAGCCAGUACGACGCGGAUGAGGGCAUGAUCAAGAAGACCAAGGUCCGGCCCGAGGACGGUAUCGAUUUCGCGAAGUUCCGCACGCCGCAGUUCAUGAAGGAGCGGCACGGCGUGCUGACCAAGGCCGAUAAGCUGAACGCGAUGGUCCGCGGGCCCCGGGAUUGGGAGGGCUUGGAGCAACGCAAGAGCGUCCUGAGGUCCGGCCAGGAGGGACGAGGUUCCAAGGCGAGACAGUCAACCAAGAACGACGGCGUCAAGGAGAGACAGUCGCUGCUAUUCGGCCGCCAGUCGGACUUGAUGUAACUUUUUCUGGGUCAAAGAGAAAAACAUACAGAAGGUCGCGAACCAGGACAACAAGAACAACAAACUUCUACAAAAAUACUGAAGCGGGCGUGGUGGCAUGGCACGAGCGGAGUAUCCCUCCUAACUCGUGGCAUCGGAGGUUCUUUCUCAAUAAUGCUACCUGAACUCCCCGCUACCGGUUGGCCUCGCGCCAGCUGCGACAAUUAGAUCCUGGCUCUGCUAGCGGACGAUACAACAUACAUAGUACACAUAAUUGAAGGCACAAUUGCUUUGGUGCGCACUCCGUAUUACAUUUCGUGGAGCUAGCUUGAGCUUUUCGUUUUCCUGUUAUAUAUUCAGAUUCCAUAGCCCCGUAAAUCACUUCUCACGAAGCAUGUUUCUGCUUGUCCCUCCAGUAAGUAAGUUUAGUAUUUCUACACGACGCAAAUUUUUUACAAUUAGUCGACAAUUGGAACAAACAACAUUUCAGAUGAAAAGGUGGACCGCAGUACAACCAUUACCAUACAACUCGGAGGUGAAGUACUAUACGGAUUUGCCUCCGCCGGCUGUGAGCUAGUGCAGUCCUUCUCCUAUUGGACUCAACCAAGGCUCUUCUUUUCGACACGAG